GGGUAGGUUUGGGUGGAAGAAAUAGGGUGUUUGGCAGGAGGGAGGAGGAGGGGAGCCCUGGGGCCGCUGCUAGCCUCGGGCCCGGGUGAGCUCCGGGUGUCCCGCGGUGCCGGGAGGGCCCGGGGGCAGCGGCGGCCGCGCUGUCCCCGUGGGAUACGGCCCCGCCUGGGCACACGGGCACGCCCGGAGCCGCGGCCCGAGCAAGGCCUCAGUGCGGGGCAGUAAUGGUGGUAGGAGGGUGGUAUUUUAUUCUUUAGAGCAUUCUGAAGUGUUGCUUUCGGAUGAGAGGCCUUUCCUUCUCUCGUAAAAAGAAAUCCCACGGAGAAAUUUGCAGCAAGGAGGUUGCAGAGGGUCACGUCGUGGCUUUGCCAUACCUGUUUCAGAAAUUCGUUUUUAACUAAAGCUUGCUUCUCUCUCUAAGAAAUUACGAGGAGGAAUAAAAUUACCCAGGAAUUUGUACAGUUGAUAAGUUUCAGUGUAGACAUUGAUUAAGAAGGGUGGAAGCAGUGGAGGUGUACUCAAUUUACCAAUAGCUUAAGCCAAUGAGCAGUGACGUGUUGCAACAUCUUCAGGUCCAUUUUCUGCAGCAUAUUGAAGCUCAGUGGUACUAGGGCUCAGCAAGUCUCAGUUGUGCAGGUACAAUAUCACAAAAAACUCCUGAAUUGGAAGGCAGUCACAAGGAUCAUGCCAUUUAUCAGGAAAAGGAUUUACAAGGAAAAUAUGUCACCACUGCUGCAUGGAACAAGUGUGUUAGUGACAGCAGACAUAGAUAAGGGUCAAAUAGUUGAUGUCUUCUUUGCCCCAGACUUGACCUGUAAGGUCUCCCAAGGCCUAUUGGCACAAGGCAGAGCUUAAGAAGAGGAGGAACUACAAGUUGUGGAAGAGGGUUGAAGCAGGAUUGUUUCCCUGGCCACGAGACUGGAGGAGAUCCCAAACACAGGAGAAAGGCAAAUCUUAUGCUCAUCUUCAUAAAGGGCAAGAAAGACAAGCAAAAGAACUACAGACUGGUCAGCCUCAUUCCUUCCUCCUGUGGAAGGAUUGUGGAAGAAGCCUUUUGUGGCAUAACAAGGAACAGGAUCUUCAUCAGACCUGAAAGUGACCUGGAAGAGGCAUUAUAGGUAAAUAAGCAAAAUUUGCAGCUGUCACUGUUAAUGGAUGUAUUCAGGAAGAGGAUAAAUUCUGAGGAACAAAAGGAUCCAAAGGGACAGGAAAAAGUGAAUUGAUUUUAUGGUGCUCCUGUUGAAGGCACAGCUAUGGCUGCUACAGUGAACUUGGAGCUGGAUCCCGUUUUUCUGAAAGCCCUGGGCUUUUUGCACUCAAAGAGCAAGGACUCUGCUGAAAAGCUGAAAGCACUUCUUGAUGAGUCGUUGGCCAGAGGAACUGACUCGAGCUAUCGUCCCUCUCAGAAGGAAGUGGAACAACCAAAAGUAUCUGUCACCAAACCCACUAAACAAGAGCCUAAAGCUUCAUCCAGUUUGCCUUCUGGCAACAACAACGGCAAGCCCACUGCAUCGGAAAAGGUGAAAAAAGAAACAGAAAAGAGGUCUGCAGAUAAAACAAAAGGUGAUCCUGCUGAAGGAGCUGAUGCACCAAAGAAGCCCAGAGUAGAGAAGCAAGAGGCUCGUUCCUCUCCUAUUACAGUUCAGACCAGCAAGGAUUUAUCUAUGCCUGAUUUAUCUAGCUUUGAGGAAACCAGUGCUGAUGACUUUGCCAUGGAAAUGGGAUUAGCCUGUGUUGUUUGCAGGCAAAUGACAGUUACUUUUGUGAAUCAGCUAGUGGAGUGUCAGGAGUGCCAUAAUCUCUACCACCAGGAUUGCCAUAAACCUCAGGUGACAGACAAGGAAGUGAAUGAUCCUCGACUUGUCUGGUAUUGUGCCCGCUGUACCAGGCAGAUGAAGAGAAUGGCUCAGAAGACACAAAAACCACCUCAAAAACCAGCUCCUGCAGUGGUUUCAGUUGCACCAGCUUUGAAGGAUCCUUUGGUCAAGAAACCAGAAAUCAAGUUAAAACCUGAGACCCCACCAGCUUUUCUGGCAUUCAAGAGAACAGAAGUGAAGACCUCAGCAGCAGUUUCGGGGAACUCUGCCAGUACAAGCGUUUCCUCUUCAGCAACGAGUGGCCUUACAGGAUGGGCUGCAUUUGCAGCCAAAACCUCCUCUGCCAACCCAUCGACUGCCAAACUGGGAUCAACAGCACAGAGUGCCGGCGGGAAACCUGCAGCUUCUUCAAAUAACCAGAAACCCGUGGGUUUGUCAGGCCUGGCAACUUCAAAAACAGGACUGGGGGCCAAAAUCGCUUCUGCCAACAACAGCACGAACCCCGUUCAGCUGAAGCCUCCCCCGCCGCUGACGCUGGGGAAGACGACGCUGAGCCGCUCGGUGAGCAGCGACAACGUGAGCAAGGCCGGGCUGCCCAGCCCCAGCAGCGCCGUCCCCGGCACCAGCGGCCCGGCCGGCGGCGGCAACAACGGCGGCGGCUCCGCGGGGAGCAGCGCAGGCGGCACCGGCAAAGCCGCGGCGGACACCGGCAACCAGCCAGCGUCCCUCAAGGGCCCGACCUCGCAGGAGUCCCAGCUCAACGCCAUGAAAAGGCUACAAAUGGUCAAGAAGAAGGCUGCUCAAAAGAAGCUCAAGAAGUAGUCUGGCUGCUUGCUGAUGUCGUCGGUUGCAUUCUGUGAGACAGCAGCGUAGGUGUUUUUCUUAAAGAAAAUCCCCCGGGUACUGGACGGAAAGAGGUUAAAUCAGGGAAGCCGAAACCCUAUGUUAUACAGAAGGUCAAACUUUAAUAACUCUAGUGUUCCUUCUGCCUUUGCAAGUCUGUGAAUUGAAUAUGGAGUUCAUUAUUACAAGCUCCUAGUUUUGUAGCUCAAAGCACCGAAACUUGAAAUUGCGAAAGUUGGGUAUUUUUUAAUAUUAAAACCCCCACAUUUGUGUAGAUACUUAAUAAAUUGAACUUUCUGAAACCGUCAUUCUUAAAUGUUAAUAAUAAAAGGAUUAUUAA